UCCUUCCGGCUGUCUGGGGGAGCUACUCGUCCCAUGUACUCUCUGCUGUCUCGCCAGCCGCGCCCAUGCUGGAGGAACCGCUGAAGAUGGCCUCGAGCCAUGACCACACGGGCGGGCCGACCGGCGGCUACCAGGCUGGCCUGCACUCGCCGCCGCCAGCAGCGCCGCCGUCACCGCCGCCAGAGGCGCCAACAUCGCCGCAGCAGUACCCCUCGCCGGCCGAGCCGCCGCGGCCGCGAGAGACCAGCUCACCCGACUACAGCCUGUACGGGUUCGGCGCGGGCCACGGCGGCUUCCCGGUACCCGUGUACCUGGACAAACCCCGGGAGGUAGAGGAGAGGUCGGAGAACGGCCACCCGGAGCCGGCGCCCAGCCCGCCGCCGGCCUCCAACGGCCACCACGGCAGCCCGCGGCCGGCCGCGGAGCGCGCCGGCUCGCCGCCGCCGGUGGAGCCGGGCUCUCCGCCCGCCGACUGGCCGCGCACCGACUCGGUGCUUCGGUUCGGAGACCGUCUCCACCCGCCCCCCUCGGCAGGACCGGAGCGGACCGGUGACGGAGAAGGAGACUGCGAGACGGGGACCGAGGAGCUCGGAUCGCGGACCAGCAGCUCCCCGCCGGCCCCCGGGACUGAGACCGACCAGCGGCCCGAGGGAGACACCGCGCCCGCGCCCGGCUUCAACGCCCUGCAGCGGCUGCAGCACGCGCUGGAGCAGAACGGCACGUUCAGCGUCUACGGCGAGGAGUCGCCGAACGGCGGCGGCGGCGGCGGCGGCACCGAGAUCUACCAGUGCCACCUGUGCACCUACACGGGCAGCUCGAAGUUCCACUUCAGCCAGCACAUGCACUCGCACUACGACUUCAAGUGCUCGCAGUGCGACUUCAGCACCCACUCCAACGUCAGCCUCAAGGAGCACAUGAAGACGGAGCACAACAUCGAGAUCAAGGACUACAUGGACGAGCCGGGGGUCCGCGUGCCGCGCGUCAACGCCUCCGGGAAGGUGCGCCUGCACAAGUGCAAGUUCUGCGAGUUCAAGACGGCCACACAGGUGGAGCACUGGGAACACCUGAAGGGCCACAUCGCUCCUGAGAAGCGCUUCUGGUGUCACGUGUGUCCGUUUAUCACAGACGUCAAACACCACCUCACCUACCACCUGCGUAACCACUUCAACUCAAAGCCGUUCAAGUGCAACAAGUGCGAGUACUCGUGCGUCAACAAGUCGAUGCUGAGCUCGCACAUGAAGUCGCACACCAACUUGUACCAGUACCGCUGUGGCGACUGCAACUUCGCCGCCAAGUACGCCAACGCGCUCAAGAACCACCUGCGCAAGGAGAAGCACCGGCCGGGCAUGGUUCUCAACCCGGACGGCUCGCCCAACCCGUUCGUCAUCAUUGACGUGUACGGCACGCGACGCGGACCCAAGAUCAAGAAGGACGACAACGGCAUGCCGAUCCUGCCGUCCUCGUUGCAGGAGAACUACGUCAACUUUAUCCAGACGCAGAACAAGUACAUUACGAGUCCGACUAACCCGUGUAACAACUUCAGCUCGCCGUACCUGAAGUCAGAGCCGCCGCUGGACGCUGGCGAGGGGAAGCUGGCGCUGCCGCGCGGCUACAUCCGCUGUGACAUGUGUCCAUACAGCACGCCGGACCGGGAGCAGCUGACCCGGCACAUGAUGAACCACAUGACGCCCGACAGCCAGCAGCCCGAGGAGACCUCGCCCGCCUCGUCCAAGUCUGGGGACGAGGUCCGCGAGCCGCCUCCACCCCCACCGCCGUCCGGACUCGGACGGAUGGAGCUGCUGCGCAGCGCGCUGGCACAGCCCGUGCGCCUGCCGACCAGCCACCUGUCGAUGACGGCGUCCCCACCGCCACCGCCGCCGCUCCCGCCGCCGCCCCCACCACCGGCGUACCGCCGCCCGGAGCCCAGCGAGCCAGCGGCGCCGCGGCUGCCGCAGUACGACUCCCUGGCGGCCCACCGGGUGCGCGAGUACUUCAGCCGCGCGCUGCAGUCGCCGCUGCUCUACAACCUGUCGAUGGCGGCCGGGCUGAACGGCGCGCCGCCGCCGGCCGCCGGCUUGCCGCUGCCCUUCAGCAUGACCCGGCCGCCGCCGCAGCCGGCCCCGAGCCCGCCGCACACGCGCGUCGUCUCGCCGCGGCCCAGCUCGCCGCCGUUCUACGAGCGUCCGCCGCCCCAGAGCGAGUCACCACAGCCGAGCUCGCCGCCCGCCGAGCGCGGCGACGUAGCGCUCGACCUGAGCCGACUCGGCAAGCGCUCGAGCAGCGACGAGUCUCCUCCUCCUCCAACCAAACACCGGCGCAAGGGGCGCGCGCAGAAGCUGGAGCUGAUCUCGCAGCGCCUGCAGGAGGCGGGCGGCUCUCCGCAGCACUCUGCCGGCAGCCGGGAGCGCAGCAGUUCUCCGGAGCGCGGCGGCGAGGAGCCGACUGACUGGCGCUCCGGCGCGCACACCUGCCACAACUGCGGCAUCGCCUUCAAGGACCUGGUCAUGUACACCAUGCACAUGGGCUUCCACGACUACCGGCGCCCGUUCAGCUGCAACAAGUGUGGCGAGCAGUGCCGGGACGCCAUCGCCUUCUUCCUGCACAUCGCGCGCGUGCCGCACUCGUCCUAGGAGCGGCCGGCGCCUGCUGUGUCGCCGGCCCGGUGCCUAACCGUCGUCUCGUCACACCACCGCGUGCCUCGAGCUCAGCUGCUGUGUCUCAGUGUCUCACCAUUGCAGCCUCACCAGUCCGAGUUGGCUGGAUCUUGUUGAUUGUUUUCUUUUUAUUUCUGAUAGUAUUUUUGUUGGUCGGUUUUGAAAGCACGACGGCCAGUAGUGUUAAAAAGAGUUUGCAUAUCUUGCCUGCAUUUAAUCGUGUAAGUCAUGUAUUGUUUAUUUAUGCGUUGUCGCUGUAUUUGUAUUUUUAUGGUGGUUGUUCCUGAAUAUCUAGUCUGGGCAUGGCAUCGUUGCUAGACUUCUUUGAAACGAAGGCAGUGACCUCUUUGUAUCUUUAUAUCGACUGAUGUUAUUUUUCGUAUGGUUGAACUUUAUUUAUAGGAUAUCUUCAAACCUUCGACGAUAUUGUGGCCUUGACGUUAGUGCUCUGAAGUUCAUUCCCGCCUCAGACUUUAUUUCGGGUUCCGACUUGAUGCUGCUACAAUAGUCUUUUGUAAAUAUUCUUGACGUUUUUCUUGUGCCCAAGUGGUAUGUAUUGCAUUGAUUGACCUGAAGCCAGGUACUUCACAGUCCAACGUAUUUGUAUCGUUUGAUACACAGUGUGCAUGCAUGUAUUGUAAAUGUUAGAAUAGGCAUUCAAGGAUAUCUCAGGGAUUCGCAGGGAUUUUGUGUGCACGUUUAGUUACACUAAGUGCAUUUCCCGUGAGCUCACUGGCAUUUUAUCGAAUCGAUCUCUGGAACUGGCAUUUCCCCUGUGGCACUGUCUCUGCCGGAUACGGCCACCUGCUCAUAGUGUAUGAUCUCCACAGAGCGUGUUCGCCGCCCUCCUCUCACUAUAGGUAUUAGUACCUCUGGGUAGUUCCACCCCUGUACGCGGGGAGAGCGGUACCGUACUGCCGCCGCCGUCCGAACCAAGUCCAGACCUCGCACCGCUCCCAGUACAAAGGUUGACCCGCGCCCGGAGUGUCAUCCCCGUCCCCCGAGCGACCGCGAUGUCUCGGUGUUUGUCUCAUGAUUGUCUCCGGGGAGACAGGCGCCAGGGCGGUGUUUGUCUCGAUCAAGAUCGCGCCGGAUCUAACGGGCCUUAUUGGUUGCCUCUAUGCAUCUCAGGAAGUUCAGUUCCAGUUGAUUUGGCCGCUGGUGUGGAGCGGCGUGAACAAUGUGUACAACGUACUGACAGAAACGGGUUUUCAUUGCCAAAUGUGUGAACAGUCGGCGUGUGAGUGUGGGUGAGUGCUUGCAUCGUUUUGUAAUUUCCUAGAUCUGGAUGUAAGAUUGUUUAUUCUUUUGUGGUUGGUGAAUGGUAGCUCUCUAGUAUGCUAACUUCAUGAAUAAACCGGCAA